AUGGAAGAGAGUGCUAGUCAAACAAUAAGGGAUGUAGAUCCAGUACCGUUAAACUCUUCAACAGUAUUAAUGGAAGAGAGUGUUAAUCAACCAAUUAAGGAUAUGGAUCCAGUACCCACUAAUUCUUCAGUAUUAAUGGAGGAGUGUUCUAGUGUAGCAAUACAGGUAACAACGGACUAUGUAAAAAAAUUUCAGUCCAGUGUUCCUUCCUUCAUUGACUCCAAAGCGUCAACGCCGAGAAAAAAGAAGAUUAACACGAAUAAUAUCUUCUAA